AGGCUGAUCUUUUAAUAGAAGGCAUUGGCACGACUUACCAACUUAACCCAAUACUCUAGAGUUAAUUUAUAUUCUUUUCUUGUUAUUAUUACGGAAACUUAGCAAUAUUUCACUAUAUUUCUGUUAAUCAAGGCUUAAUUAGUCUAAUAUACCUGUAUAGUAGAGUAAAUAUUAAAAAUGGCUCAAAGUCUGACUGCAAAAGAAGUUCGUAAUGCAUACAUAGAUUUUUUUAAAGAGAGAGGUCAUGAAUAUGUCCAUUCCUCUUCUACCAUACCAUUAGACGAUCCUACCUUACUUUUUGCUAAUGCUGGUAUGAAUCAAUUUAAACCCAUAUUUCUGGGAACUGCAAACCCAAAUAGUGAUCUUUUUAAGUUGAUUAGAGCUGUUAACACCCAGAAGUGUAUUAGAGCAGGAGGGAAACAUAAUGAUUUGGAUGAUGUGGGAAAAGAUGUUUAUCAUCAUACAUUUUUUGAAAUGAUGGGAAACUGGUCAUUUGGCGAUUACUUCAAAAAAGAAAUUUGUUCUUGGGCAUGGGAAUUUCUAACAAAAAAGCUGAACUUACCAGGUGACAGAAUUUAUGUGACAUAUUUUGGUGGAGAUGAAAAAUCUGGCCUGGAACCAGAUAACGAAUGUAAAGAUAUAUGGUUGAAGUUAGGCGUACCUAAAUCUCAUGUUAUACCUGGAUCUAUGAAAGACAAUUUUUGGGAAAUGGGUGAAACUGGUCCAUGCGGUCCUUGCUCUGAAUUGCAUUUUGAUAGAAUUGGAGGUAGAGAUGUUCCACAUUUAGUUAACCAGGAUGACCCUGAUGUUUUAGAAAUUUGGAACCUUGUAUUUAUCCAAUUUAACAGGGAGGCUGAUGGCUCUUUAAAAUCAUUACCUAAAAAGCAUAUUGAUUGUGGUCUUGGUUUGGAAAGAUUAGUUUCAGUCAUACAAAAUAAAAGAUCUAAUUAUGAUACUGAUCUUUUUGUGCCAUUGUUUGAAGCUAUUCAGAAAGGGACUGAGGCACCUCCUUAUCAAGGAAGAGUAGGUGAUGAUGAUCUUGGUGGAAUUGACAUGGCUUACAGGGUAUUGGCAGAUCAUGCAAGAACUUUAACUAUAGCAUUAUCUGAUGGAGGAAACCCUGAUAAUACUGGAAGAGGUUAUGUAUUGAGACGUAUAUUAAGGCGAGCUGUCAGAUAUGCUACUGAGAAACUUAAUGCCAAACCUGGAUUUUUUGCAACUCUAGUUAAUACUGUUGUUGAAAUACUAGGGGAUACAUUUCCUGAAGUUAAAAAGGAUCCUCAAUAUAUUAUUGAUACAAUUAAUGAAGAAGAAACACAAUUUUUAAAAACCCUAAGUAGGGGAAGAAAUUUAUUGAACAGGACCAUCACUAAACUUGGGGAGUCAAAGGAAUUGCCUGGUGAUGUAGCAUGGAGAUUAUAUGAUACUUAUGGAUUUCCUGUAGAUUUAACAUCCCUUAUGGCAGAAGAGAAGGGUUUGAAAGUCAAUAUGGAUGCAUAUGAAGAAUCUAAAAAAUUAGCACAAAUUGCCUCUCAGGGUAAAGGAGCUGGUAUUGCUGAUACAAUUAAUUUAGAUGUUCAUGCUAUAACAGAAUUACAAAGUGCUGGUGUUCCACCGACUGAUGAUUCUUCUAAAUAUAAUUAUGAAGCUGGUGAUAAAACAGAUGAUGUGUAUAAGUUUGAAGUCUGUGAAGCUACUGUAAUAGGAUUGAGGUAUAAUAAAACAUUUGUGGAUGAAGUUACAACUGGGCAAGAAUGUGGAGUUCUUUUAAAUAGAACUAAUUUCUAUGCAGAACAAGGUGGACAAAUAUACGACACUGGUUACUUAGUAAAAGUGGGCGAUGACAGUGUGGAAUUCUCAGUUAAGAAUGUCCAAGUAAGAGGAGGCUAUGUCAUUCAUAUUGGAAAUAUUGAAGGUACUCUGAGAAAAGGCGACAAAGUUAGUUUGCAUAUUGAUGAGGAAAGAAGAAGGCUGGUAAUGAGUAACCACACCGGCACCCAUAUUUUGAAUUAUGCUUUAAGAAAAGUUCUUGGAACAGAAGCUGAUCAGAGAGGUUCCUUAGUAGCACCAGAUAGAUUAAGGUUUGACUUCACUAACAAAGGCGCUCUCACAGUGGAGCAGGUUAAAAAUACAGAACUAAACUCAAAAGAACUGAUAUCUAAAAAUGACAAAGUCUAUGCUAAAGAAGCUGACUUGGCUACAGCAAAAACUAUUAAAGGAUUACGUGCCGUAUUUGAAGAAACUUAUCCUGAUCCUGUUAGAAUAGUUUCUGUGGGCAUUCCAGUUGAGACAUUAGAAAAUGAUCCAUUUAGUCCAGCUGGAGAUGGUACAUCUAUUGAAUUUUGUGGUGGGACUCAUGUAAAAUAUGCCGGACAUAUUGGUGACUUUGUAAUCAGCAGUGAAGAAGCAAUCGCCAAAGGUAUUAGAAGGAUUGUUGCUUUAACUGGUCCAGAAGCUACAAAAGCUCUUAAAAGGAACGAAGUUCUCGAAAAUAGAUUAAAUGAAUUAAAAUCAGACAUAGAUGAAGAUAAAGAUGGCUCUAAAUCAAAAGAAAAUGUUAAAAAGAUUAUAGAGUUAUCAGAUGAAGUUUCGCAAGCUGUUAUACCUUACUGGAAAAAAGAGGAAAUCAGAAAUUCUUUGAAGUCUUUAAAAAAGACGCUCGAUGACAAAGAUCGUGCUGCUAAAGCAGCAGUGGCUAAUAAGGUUGUGGAUGAGAUUAAGGAAUUUGUCAAGACAAAUUCUAAUUUGCCCAUACUUGUUAAAGAAUUGAAAGCUUUCAACAAUACUAAAGCAUUAGAUAGUGCUUUAAAACAGGUUCGCAGUUUAAGUCCUUCAACUGCAGCUUUGUUUGUAACCGUUGAUGCAGAUUCAAAUAAAAUAUUCUGUUUAUCAUCAGUUCCAAAAGAAUCUAUAGAAAAGGGACUAAAAGCAAACGAAUGGGUCCAGGCUGUAGCUCAGAAAAUCGGUGGAAAAGGUGGUGGCAAACCAGAUUCCGCUCAAGCUAGUGGUGCUAAUUCGGUUGAUAUUAAUGAUAUUUUGAGUUUAGCAAAGAAGUUUGCUGAAACAAAAUUGGCUUAA